AUGUUUUUUCAUAAGAAUUCAAUGCAAUCAAAUCUUGACAACCUCUUGGAUUACACAACUCCUUCAAUCCUUUCUAAAUUCCUAUACAAGAGUGAGAUGAGGAAACUUAACAGGCUGUGGAAUCCAUUUGAAAGAGAAAAAGUAGAGUAUUUUUCAUUGAGCGAUCUUUGGAAUAGCUAUGAUGAAUGGAGUGCAUAUGGGGCUGGCGUCCCAAUCCAUCUUGCGAAUAGCCAAAAUUUAGUUCAAUACUAUGUGCCUUAUCUAUCUGCUAUUCAAAUCUUCACCAGCAAUUCAAGGGAAGAGGCUGAGUCGGCAUGUGAGACUAGAGAUUCCUUUAGUGAUUCAUUCAGCGACGAGAAUGAAAGCGUGAGCGAAAAGCUGUUGACAUGGGAUGGAUGUUCCUCCGAGGAAGUAGUACUCGAGCAAGAUAACUUCUGGCAUCCCAAUGAACAAUUGGGUUAUCUGAACUUUGAGUACAUCGAGAAAUCUUCUCCUUAUGGAAGAGUUCCUCUGACGGCUAAGAUAAGGGGCAUAGGACGAAGAUACCCAGGAUUGAUGUCAUUAAGAAGUGUAGAUCUUUCCCCUGCUAGUUGGAUGGCAGUUGCUUGGUACCCAAUAUAUCACAUUCCCAUGGGAAGGAGCAAUAAGGACUUGUCGACUUGCUUUCUCACAUUUCACACCCUUUCAUCUACUUUUCAAGAUAUGGAACUUGAAGACGACUCUGUAAGUACUGAAAGGAAGAAAAGAAAGGAAGGAGAUAGAAUCUCUCUGCCUCCAUUUGGUUUAGCCACUUAUAAGAUGUACGGUGAUGUGUGGGUUUCUGACAAGGACGGUGAGGACCAAGAGAAACUGGUAUCGUUGUUUAACAUUGCAGAUUCAUGGCUAAAGCAACUAAGUGUUGAUCACCAUGACUUCAAAUACUUUGCCCGGAGGCUUGGUUAA